CCUCCAAAAGAUAACACAGCUUUUGCAGUUAAAGAUGAUGAAACUUUCUCAGUAUUUGCUAAGGUAAGUUAUAAUUCUGUACUUUUUCUUAUAUUUUCAUGGAAUGUGUUUUUUUAAAUUUCAUUGGAAACUGACAAAUAAGGUAACUUGCAGCAAAAAAAAAAUACGUUUCAGCUGUAAAAAUAGUUCUUUUGAUGUGUUAUGAUUUGUGACUUCUUAAAAGAUUUUCAUAUCACAAUUCGUAAUAGGAUUAUGUUUAUUAAAUUUCUAAGUGGGCAAAAUGUUAUAUAAAAAUAAGAAAAUUUUUAUUAGCAUCAUUAAUAGCAAUUUCCAGGCUUUAUUUAAUAAAUACACAAUCAAAAUUGAUAACUUUCAACCAUAAACAUUUCAGGGACGUGACUAUGAGCCUGUUUAUGUUACACAUGAAUGCACAGAGCAAGAAAAAGAUACUCUCAACACUUAUGAAAGCUGUGACUACUUGCCAAAUCACAGCCAUAUAUUUAAAACUGGAUUAAGAGGCAGAAUAUCUCUGAGUAAGUAAUAUUUGAAUUUUGUGCAUUUUGUUUCCUUGUAAGAGCUAAUUUUUAAAAAAUAUAAUGCUUUCAAAAUACAGAACAAAACAUACACUAUGAAAAAAUGUUACAAUUUUAUUUGACACAAUUUAAUAGGAGACAUUUUGUUACUUAGUUCUUAAGAUAAAAUUUAGGAGUAUUUUUAAUAGGUAAGGGUUUUAUAAGUUAAAUUUUUUUUUUAAAAGUAGAUGCAUAUAAUUCACUCACCUGUACAGUGGAGAUUGUUGUCUCAUUUUAUUGUAACCCGUUCUCUAGAUAAGCCCUCUGAGAAGGUCCUUAAUAUGUAUUGCAUCAUUUUCUUCUUAUUGUGAUAAUGCUUUCUACAAUGUAUUGAUUGAGUACUAUGUUAAAUUAAUUUUUAAACUGUGAUUUAGUCUUGAAACACAUCGAUGGGUUAUGAUUGGCCUGAUUGGAUUUGUCAUUGGAGUUGUCUCAUUUUUUCUCCAUCAACUUAUUGAAAGAAUUGAUCAUCUUAAGUGGAGGAUCACUAAAGAUUUGCUCAAAGUAAAUUCCAGAGCUGAAAUAAAUAAUAAAUCAAUUCUUGUGUAAUGUUACAUAUAUAAAAUUACUUUUGUUUUUGCUUUGAAUUUAAAUUGAAGUGCCUGCCAUUCUUUUCAGUUACAUAAUGACACACGUUUUUUUUGUCGCUAAACAAACUCUUUAUAUCAACCGUUUAUUUGAAAUUUAUCUGUACCAUUUGUUUCGUUACAAAUUAUUCUUUAUUAUUUUCUGAUUUUAUGGAAACUUAUAUUUUUACUUUAUUCCAUCUUUUAGUGUCACCAUUAUUUACUAGAAUCCCUCACAAACCACAUUUCUUUAUUGAGCUUCUUUUUUAAAAGAAAACUUUAUAAAUUAAUUACACUCAAGCCUAUGUUUAUAUAUACAGUAAUCAAAAGUUAAUAGAAAUGACAUUCCUCUCAUUAAUGUGAACAUUUCAUUGCCUUUUACAGGAUGAAAGAAUCUGGGAAGAAUGGUUGUUUUGUGCAGGAUACAGUAUGCUGUUU